CACUAUUUCACGGUUCUGCACUCUGCGCCCAUAAGCUAGUGCUGUGCUUGGAUGAGCGAGGGAGAGAGAUCGCUCUACGGAGGUGGAUCCUAGUCGAAGUCGGUCCGAGAUAAACUCAGCCCAGACCUAGAGUACUCCGAUCUGCGCGCAGCAGCGUAGCGUGCCACCCAGCCGAGUACCUUAGCUCCCCGGUUGCCCGUUCUCUUCAGCGUGACCUCUCGGCCAGAAACGCUCUCUCCUGAAAGCGACCCCUGGGUGGUUUGAAUCCGUGUCGGCCGCCGCUCCUCGCUCAUGAUCUCGACGCAGCCCCGUCCGCCGAACAUGGAGCGGCCACCGUCGGGGACUCCGGAGCCCGAGGCCAUGGACUCUCCCGGUAGCCCGAAGUCCUCAUCCGUCUCCACGACCACCAUGCCGAAGAGCCUUCCUCCCGGCUGGAAGAGAGAGGUGGUGGUGAGAAAGAACGGGCUGUCGGCGGGCAAGAGCGACGUCUAUUACUACAGUCCGUGUGGGAAGAAGUUCCGUUCCAAGCCUCAGAUUGCCAAGUUCCUGGGCGAGAACCACAACAUGGACCUGUCGUGUUUCGACUUCAGCCGAGGGGCGUACGGAGAGGUCACGCAGAGACGGAGAGCGAGGGACCGACAAAUCAGCCGAAAAAUGGAGUCCGUUAAACCCAUGCCAGUUGUCAAGCCUUUAUCCGUUAACCCUCUCAGAGCUUCGGGCCCCAUCCGACGAACGUGUGGGGUCAUCAAACUCCCCGUUACGUGGGUGGCCCCCCCAGAUGACGAUCAGGGGACCACAAAUUUCAACACCCUUACCCCCAGCGAGCAGAAAUCGCAGAUUCACGUUAUUGUCCAGUCUCUCUGGGAGAAGCGAUUGUUUGGGGUAAAACCCUAUGAUCACAUGACAGGCGACGAAAUUGCGGAGGAAAACAAGGUGGAAGUGAAACCAAUCACCCCCAUGAUGUCAAAGCCGCACAGCCCGCGCAACGUUUCCCCAAUUCCUCCCCUCUCCCAUUCCCCCAUCUCUCUCUCGGGGAACGGAGGAGGCGGAGGAGUUCUGUUGCCGGUCAAAUCGGCUGCCGGUAUCAUCCCUGUCUCGUCAUUUCGUCACCACCAUCAAAAACCUCCAACCAGUGGAGGAGGUGCACUUUCGCUGCUGCCUAGUCUUCUACAGGCCGUCCCACUGGCAAAAGCCCGGGACCCCCACCAAACAGUCGCUCAUGCGCCGACGUCCAACAUGACGCCUAAUUUCUCUGUGAUUCAGCAGACAGGCCAGCCGAUUAUCGUCCCUCAACACGCCACCAGCACAGCGGCGAGUUUGCUUCCCCAGCUCUCGCCCUCCCCUCACCAGAGGCUGCUAGCACCAGCUCCUCCGAUGACGACAAUGUCACUGGCUCGCUACCCUCCCUCCACCACCCAAUUCACAAACGGCGUAACCGUGUCGUCGUCCAGACCCCCCGUGGUCUCCGUGGCGCCGAUGGUGACCGACCGAGAGCUCAAACUGCAAGAGGAGCGGGUGCGCCUGUUGCGUCAGCGGCUCCUGGCGGCUGCAGGUGGCGGUGGACAACAGCCCUCGUCCUAGCUCGGCUCUCACCGGGCACGGUCAGGGCUGUGAGUUGUGGUCAACUUCCUAGUGCCCUUGUACAAACAACACAAUCAGUCUCUCACCCUGUCACACCCCCUUGGUCAUCAGGAAUCUUCCUGUCUUCCCUCCCUCUCUCUGUCUGUCUCUCCAGCUCUUGAUCAGAAAUAGUAUUAUUUUUUGUCAGAGUGCCCUAUGUUGGGUCUAUUUUAUAUAAGGUUAACAUGUGGAGUGUGUUGUACAUCUCUCUCUCUCUAUUCAUUCUCUGCCUCACUCUCUCCUUUCUCCCCUCCCUCCCAUUGUCCCUCUGCUAUCUCAGUGGGCACCUGUGGAAACUUUUCCACCCCACAAAACUCUUAUCACUCACUUCCAUGGCACCAAGAUCCUCUGGUCUUGUGGCUGUCUGGUCUCACUAACCUGUCCCUGUCUCUGUCUCCCUUCCUGCAUGUUUUCUGUAUGUCAGUUUUCGUGUUAUAUUAUUUUAAUUGUUGGAUUAUCAUAUUAUAUCUAGUGCUGCACAUAUAACUGGUGGUUUCUGUUUUCACUGAUUCUAAAUUACAUCAUCAUUGCAUCAUUAUCCUAUCCCCCCGAUUGGUCAAUCAGACACGGUGCUUGUUUUGUAAUUUAGCCAGCGGGUGUCGCAAUGCGUGCUGAGUCACACGGAACAUGCAAAGUGUGUAGCGUUGCAAUUAGGGACAAGUUUUUUCCCAGAAACUACCAUGUAUUGCAUGUAGAGGUCAGUGUUGUCGACA